AUGUUUCGCAUGGCCAAAACCCUCGAUGUGAUUACCCUGUUCCACAAGCCCUCCCUCCCAGCGAGCGUGCGGGCGCAGACACUCCUGAAACAGGCCUCCGCGCAAGCCGCCCAGACCGCGACCGAAGACCAGGCCUCGGACCACUCGCACCAGAACAAAACCGUGACCCGAGACCCGUUCGAGCUGGAAAUCACCGAGCAGCCGCCUACACCGGACCAGCUGAAGAGCAUCUUCGAGUAUGUCGGCUCAGGUCGCGCCGCGGACCUGGUCAAGGGCGCCGCCAGCGAGAGUGAUGCCCUGAGGAAGGUCAAGCAGGAUGGGAGCCUGUUCACGCGCCCUGUCGUCGUGGAUUGGAGUGCCGGGAAGGCCGUCAUUGGGGAUAAGGACAGCGAGAUCUUGAAGCUGCUGAAGGCCGAGCAAAAGUGA